UUCACACUCAUUGUGAAUUUAUAUUGGACUGGAAAUUUGGAAGACUUCCUCAACCUCAUCAAUCAACGCUCGGGAGAGGGGUUGCGCUACCUGGAGUUGAACAGUGACUUGAUUACCAUCCCGGUGCUGGAGGAGUUGGGCAACAAGUGCACCAAUCUGCGCUACCUUACCCUCGAUUUCAGCAAUGCCAUGCAGCUCCACGACUUCAAUGAUCUCAUGGCCUUUCCUGGCCUCCUCACCUACCUCUGUAUCUGUCUUAGUGAUGUCAUUUUCAUGGAGGGUCUGAUGCGCAAAAUCUACCCCUGCCUUUCCUCUCUUGAAGUCCUCCAUCUCAUUGGUACAUUUGAAAGGGCCGCUGAAGAGGAGGAGGAAAUUUAUGAGGUGGUCAAUAUAAGCAAGAUUCGCGCCCACACACCGAACCUGAGGGUUAUAAACCUUUACGGCAUCAGUUUUGUUGAUGACAGUCACGUAGAGCUUUUGGCUACAAACUGCCUCCAAUUAGAAUGCAUCGCCCUCAACUACUGCCUCAACGUCAAGGGCGCCGCCUUUCCACUCAUCAUCUCCAAUUGCAAGAAACUCAAGACCCUUCUUCUCUGUCACUGCGGUCAGUCUGAUGAAUAUAUCAUGCAGGUGCCAUGGGAAAACUCCCAACUCUGCGAGCUGGACAUAACUUCUACUGAACUCUCGUCGGAAUGUUUGGACAGUUUUCUCUCCCGCAUCCCCUCAUUUACUUAUCUAGCCAAUACGAAAUCCUUAAAUGGACUCCAAAAGUUUAACGAUCUCAUCGCUCUGGACUUGAGCUUUACGCCCUCAUUAAGUGAAUCGACGAUGAUGAACUUUUUGCAGACCCAUGGACCGCAGCUUCGCGGUCUCAUGCUCCAGGGAAAACCCACACUAGCCGAAUAUUUCUGGACCACUGUCAUAACUUUUCUGCACAAUAUAGAAAUAUGUGUGCUUGGAUCUCCCGAUGGAUGGUUUUUCAAGUACAACACUCGUGUGCACGUCGACCAGGUUUUGCACGCCUUCGCUUUGAACUGCCCCAACUUAACCGCUCUAGAAAUUCAAUGGGAUCCAGAGACCCUUCGAUUCAGUGACAAAAGCCGCAAGUUCAUCGAUAGGCUGAAAUGUUGGCGAUUGAAGUCUCUGACAUUGUGUGACGGAAAGUAUUACGAGUUGGUCAAGGGCAACUUCGAGAGAGCAGAACGCCCACGGGUUGUCCGAACGACCAAUUCACACACCACUUCCAUUGUGUCUCUUCUAGGUAGAUACAAGGACUUGCAGUUCAACUAG